GGUUCCCGUCUGCUGUCUCUGCUGGCAGGUGUCCCACAAGGCAGCUAGAAUUUUCAUUAAAGAAAACCCUUUUUUUUAUUGGGAAAACUUCAACGUUGGUGCUGGGAGUUACAAGCUAUACUAAUCCAACACCGAAAGACUCAUUCAUUCAUUGCAUCAUGCAGCUCAAUUUUCCCUGGAUCUAUCCCGUACGGGUCGUGCAAGUCGUCUUCGGCAUAAUAGUGCUCGGUUUGGCAGCAUAUGCCAUCAAUAUACCCGUGAGUAGCGAUACCGUCAACUUCAUGCUCUUCAAUGGCAUCUGGACGGCAUUCAUCGCUACGCCCUAUCUCGCCUUCGCACCGGCGUUCUUCCCCCACGCGGCGCUUCAGUUUGUCGUACCUGCAGUAGAGGCAGUCACUGCGAUCUUCUGGUUCGCAGGUUUCGUGGCAACAGCGACUAUCUUGCCCCCGCCCCGAUUGUGCCAUGGGGGGCUGUGUAAUUCCCUGCAGGCGGCUACGGUGUUUGGCGCUUUCGAAUGGGUGCUGUUUAUGGUCACUGCCGUCUUUGCUGGACUGGGUGCUCUCCGAACUCACCGGGAGGGCAGGUCGGGGAAUGCUCCUCCGACGACCACCGUCAACCUGGGUGUUUAAGGAGCGGAUCGGUGUUGUGAAAUGCUUGCAAUCAUGCUUUUUUUUUUCCUACCUUUUUUAUUUGAAGUUAUCCCGCCGCGAAACUCCCGGUCGACUUCAUGGAUGAUACGACUUUUUGAUACCCUUGCCGUGGCGGGAUGUGUUACGAUGAACGUGCCUACUCUGGCGCUAAUUAAUGCCGCGCGACUCGCGAACAGCCCAAGAAAUCAGUUUACUUUUGUCUGGAAUCAUUCAAGUGAAAGACCCGUAACUGUCUUAUGCUUGUUUGAAUCCAAUUUUAACUGCUGGACUGAAAAAGAACUCUUCUUUCUCCACAUGACAUGAAGUAGUAUGAUAGUACGAUAUGUAGUAGAUCGGUAGUCUUGUUUCUCUGACAUGAUUUGAUUGAGCUUA